AUGUCGGGCCGGGGUAAGUCCGGCGGCAAGGCGCGGGCCAAGGCCAAGUCGCGCUCGUCGCGGGCUGGGCUGCAGUUCCCCGUGGGCCGGGUGCACCGGCUGCUGCGGAAGGGCAACUACGCAGAGAGAGUGGGCGCCGGGGCGCCGGUGUAUCUGGCGGCGGUGCUGGAGUACCUCUCUGCCGAGAUCCUGGAGCUGGCGGGCAACGCGGCCCGCGACAACAAGAAGACGCGCAUCAUCCCGCGGCACCUGCAGCUCGCCAUCCGCAACGACGAGGAGCUCAACAAGCUGCUGGGCGGCGUGACCAUCGCCCAGGGCGGUGUCCUGCCCAACAUCCAGGCCGUGCUACUCCCCAAGAAGACACAGAGCUCCAAGAAGUGAGCCCUGCUCCCCCGCUCCCUGCUUCUGGUCCCCU